GCCCCUUCCUCUAAAAGUUGGACUGCAAGCGCAUUCUGAAAGUUAAAUACGCGUAGACGGUGGCUGAGCGACUGACACACAGAGGGAGGCGGACGACGAUGCCUUAUAGUGAGUCCUAGACUACUGCAGGAGCAAACUCGGGCGCUACUGACAGAUUCCACUCAGCCAUAUUGAAGUCAAAGAACUCAGAAACCACGCGGAGAGGCUCACAAAGUGGGAAAAUGGUAUCUGCGUCUUUGGAAAUCCUCGGGAUGGUGCUGUCUAUCCUCGGCUGGCUCCUGGAGAUGCUAGCCUGCGGUCUACCCAUGUGGAAGGUGAACGCGUACCUGAGCGCCAACAUCGUGGUCAGUCAGAGCUUGCAGCAGGGUCUCUGGAUGUCGUGCGUGGUUCAAAGCACAGGGCAGAUGCAAUGCAAGACGUAUGACUCUGUGUUGGGACUACAGCGGGACCUCCAGGUGGCGCGGGCGAUGACGGUGCUGUCCUCUGUGCUAGGUGCUUUGGGGUUACUAGUUACUGUUGCCGGAGCGCAGUGCACCAAAUGCGUUCCAGACGAAAGCAACAAAGCGAGGAUCGUGAACGCAGGAGGUGCUAUCUUCAUCAUCUCAGGUCUCUUGGUGUUGGUACCCGUCUGCUGGAUGGCUAAUUCUAUCAUCGCUGAGUUCAAUGACCCUUUGGUCUCUGACCAUCAGAAAGAGGAGAUGGGGGCGUCCAUCUAUAUUGGCUGGGCGGCCAGCGCUUUGCUAGUCGCUGGCGGUUGCGUCCUUUGCUGUUCAUGCCCAAACAGACAAGCUCGCUUUUCGGCCAAGUAUGCGGCCCCGAAGAGAACUGUACAGAACGGCGACUACGACAAAAAAAACUACGUGUGACCGGUUUGUCAACAGUAGUGGAGGCGCGGUGGUGAAGACCCUUUAAGAGCAGAGUGAUGAUGAGCGUGACCCUUUGAAACGAUUACAAGCAAGUCGCGGAUCCAACUUCUCAACUUGUAGAAUGCAUUUCUUUUGUUUGGCUAUUUAUCUUAGAAAAGAAGAGUGAGAGAGAAAAAGAACAUGCGUUUUUGGAAAUUCUGUGCCCUUUCCCGAUCACGGAACUGUUCCAUAAAGUGUCAAUCCGCUUUCUCAGAGUACGUCUUUUAAAUAAGCCGAGAGACUUCACAUUGGCUGUAUCGCACAAAUCAUAGUAGAAGGGCUCUUCAUUCAUUCAUAAACCCCUCACAAGUGGCAAUAAGAAAUUUCAAACCGAAUAGUGGAACGUUGAGGCAAAUGUGCAUAACUUUAGCAAAUAGCACAGUUACGUUUGGGCGCAAAACAACACCCAACGGAUAACACUUCAUGUUGUUUUAUUGGAAUUGAACAAACCCCUGCGGACAUUCAGCCUUCAGUGAAAGCAAAUCACUCCCUGAAAAGAGUUGAGGAAGAGACAAAUCGGCUACCUGAAGACGGCACUGACGAACUUGUAACCAUGUAUCGGAUGUCUAAUGAAUUGUAAAUUGAAAUCGGGGCAGAGUAGUCUACGAGACUGAGAAUGUCGAACUGAAAAAUUAAACACCAUCAAUUGUAUAUCAUUGUGCAAAAAUAUAGCCUAUACCUUAUACUUUUAUACGCAUAGUGUAUAAUGUAGAAUAUGUGCGCAAUAUUAGAUAUUGUGUGUCGUGUAAGUAUAUAUAGGAAGUGACAUACAUUGUAUCUGUUAUGUCAUUGCGUUUCACUUCUUUGCUUAUAUACUUUCACGCAGAAAAUGACUGAUGAUUUAUUUUUUACUGAUUUUUUUGUGCGUUUCCCAAGAUGGAUGCUGUAUUUUUGUAGUUGUUUUCACAACGAUACAUUUUUUAGCUUGGUGCAUCAGGCUGGAGGAUGGCAUUGUUUUCUUGCACAGUGCGCUGUGUUACACUUAGGACGCUAAGGUGGGGUUUACAGGAGUUUUAAUCUCAUGGACAGAAUGAAUUAGUUCUGAUACAGAAAAUAAAUCGAAUUGAAUUUAAAAUGAAAUAGAAAAUUAAAUAAAUAAAAUUAUAAAAUACAAAAGUGGAAGAUUUAAGAAAUGGCCUUACAUACAAUGGGAGUGCCAGCAGCGUUAUUGAACCAUCGAUAAGGUUGUUUGUUUGAACUUGAGCUUUAACAUAUAGCUCUAAGUAUGUGUGAUUUAUACGUGUACACUGGCCUCAGUCAGUAUUUUUAUUUAAAUUCUUAGAGCAAUACUUAUCAAAACUCCACAAAAACUAAGUACUCUUAUAUAGUGCCUUUUAACAGUAAACAUCUUUAUAUGCUCACUAAUGUUAUCUUCAUCUCCACAUUUCUACAAUGUGGGCAAUAGCAGGUUAAGCCAUUCAGUCACACAGGAAGACUGAACAACAGUUGUGUGGUUUGCUGUCCAACACUUUAUCAGGUAGGCCACACUAACUAUUAAACAGCAGCGGCAUACUCUUGUAAAAGGAUUAACAAAAAAUGGGACAUCAUCAGGCUGUUAAUUUUACUGUGGGAUUUCUGUGUGCAUUUUAUUAAAUAUUUCCCCUCAUUUAUAUGUCUGUCACAGCAUAUAUUUUGUAGAUAAGCAUUUUAAUAGGCUUUCAAUGAAUGUUAUUUUUUUAUGUGCAUAGAAAAAAAAGUUGCUGCCUUUGGUGCCAUAUUAAAUUUGUUUAUAAAUACACUU